AUGCAACAACUUCAGUCAUUCAACAGUGUUGCUGCCGCCUCCGACAAUUCUACAUUUAGUUGCAGUGUAAUUGUAAAUAAUCAAGCGAAUCAGAGUUUAUCGGAUAGGAAUUGUUUGAAUGGGGGUAAAUGUGUUUUAGAGAAGGGAAUUUGUAAUUGUACAAGUGGAUUUACAGGAUCAAAUUGCUCUAUUACCAUUGUUGCACCUAUUCCUCAGAGCACCAUUAAUGAAACAACAAAAAACGAGACUAAUUCAACCUCACUUGAUAAUACCAAGGAUAUUAUCUCUAAUACUACAAAUAAUAGCACAAAUCCAGAUAAUAAUAUUGUCACUCCUCCAACUUGGAAAUGUGUUCAAGGCGUGAAUUGUAUAUUUGGAAAUUGUACUUCAGAUGGAAAAUUUUGUAAUUGUAGUAUUGAGGCAUUUACAGUGAAAAAUGAAACCCUUGUAGAUCCAUUGGAUAUGGUUUAUUGUAAUUAUAAGAACUGUCCAAAUAAUUGCUCAAUGAAUGGUGUUUGUGAUUAUAGUACUGGACAGUGCAUAUGCUCUGAGCCUUAUUUCAGUAAUGAUUGUUCUCUAAAGAAUUGUACGGUAUCAUGCGUGAAAGGACAAGGAGAUUGUGACUUUAAUACUGGAAAAUGCAAAUGUAAAGACCCUUAUUUUGGAAAAGAUUGUUCCUCAAUUCAGUGUGCAGAUCCAUCAUGCAAUUCUGUAGGAAGAUGUAACCAUAAGAAGGGAUUGUGUGAAUGUGAUGCUGACCAUUUUGGAGAUGCUUGUCAAUUUUGGCUUUGUAAGAAUAACUGUACACAACAUGGAUUUUGUAACACCACAACUUCACUGUGUUCAUGUGUUGGAGCCUGGACAGAAAGAGAUUGUGGAGUCAAUUCAAACGUUGUGGAGAUGGGAAAGAUCAAAGAAAGCUCAAGAAUUAUCGGUACUUUAUUUGUAUUCCUCGUCCCAAUAUCAUUAGUUAUUGGCUCAUAUUAUGUGACAUAUUCCUACUUUGGAGGCUAUUUCUUUUUGAUAGUGGAGAUUUUCCAAUUCAUUGGUAUAACCAGUUUGAUUGGAAGUAAUAGCCCAGCUCUCUAUUUGAAAUAUUCCUCGUUUUUUGAGUGGUCAAACUUUUUAUUUAGCACUGCUGAAUCUGCUGUUGUUCAAUCUGCUGCAGUAGAAAUUGGUGAUAUUGUUGUUCGAUCAGUAGAAGAGGAACGAUUGCUCCUCUACAAAUUAAUUGGUAUUUCAUUUAUUGAUAACUUACCAUAUACCCAACCUGGAAGAAACACCAUUCAAAUCAUGGUUGAAGCUGUCAAUUUAUUCAACAUUGUUGUAUUGGUUCUAUUCAAUGCCUUUCCAUUUAACUCAUUUGCCUCAAAUCUCCUUACCAUCAUUACAAUUUUCCUUCACUGCUGUAUUAUUAUCCUUGCUGUUGUCAUUUGCAUCUUUGAAAAGAAGAGAAAUACUGAAACAAAUUCUUCUGGCUACAGAGCUGGUCUUUUAACAGAAGAAGAACUUGAAAUUCAAGGAACUCACACCAUUUUUGAAAGUGAUUCUGAAGAUGAAAGAGUCAAUAAUUUAGAUUUACGAUCUGAUUUUCAUGAAAUUGACCUAGAUAAUAAAUAA